CCUCUCUCUCUCUCUCUAGAGUUUCUUUCGUUUGAAGAGGGCAAGAACAGGAGAGGGUGGGACGCAACGGUCCAGAGCGUGCUCUCUCUCUCUCUCCUGUGGCUUCUUGCCUCCUAGGAGACAUAAAAAAAACAACUAAUUUUUUGUAUCAAAAAAAAAAAAAACUAAUUACGCGCCCUUCAUCUAUAAAGACAAAGGAACGCAAGGAGAGCCCACCCCCAAUCGCCAAUCCUUAUCCCCUCCCCUCUCCGGGCUUUUUAAAUCUUCCACUCUCGAAGCUUCUCUCAUCCGCUCCUUCCUCCUCUCCUCCUUCGUUUGAUUGGUUCUUUGUAUCAUUGUUUCCGUUAGCUUUUGAUCGGGUUGGGUGUUGUUGGAGCUUUGAAUUGGUGGUGGAUUUGGGUGGUGAGAGAAGGGCAAGAUGACGAUCCUGUCGAUGCCGGGGAGCUCGGGGAUGCUGGAUCCCUUGCCGACAAGGAGAAUGUCGUACUUUAGCAAUCAGUAUGUGCUUGGGCUCACGGUGACUGCUGGGAUUGGAGGAUUGCUGUUUGGUUAUGACACAGGUGUCAUAUCUGGGGCACUUCUCUACAUCCGUGAUGAUUUUAAGGUGGUCAAUGAAAACAAAUUUUUACAGGAAACAAUUGUAAGCAUGGCACUUGCAGGAGCUAUGAUUGGAGCUGCAGGUGGAGGGUGGGUAAAUGAUGCAUAUGGACGCAAGAGAGCUACUCUUCUUGCUGAUGUGGUCUUCGCCAUUGGAUCACUUGUUAUGUGUGCUGCUCCGGACCCGUAUGUCCUCAUACUUGGAAGGCUCCUCGUUGGUCUGGGUGUUGGCAUAGCAUCUGUCACCGCGCCAGUGUAUAUUGCUGAAGCAUCUCCUUCAGAGAUUAGAGGAGGUCUUGUGGGCAUGAAUGUACUCAUGAUCACUGGUGGACAGUUCCUCUCAUACCUUGUAAAUCUCGCUUUUACAGAGGUUUCUGGGACUUGGCGCUGGAUGCUUGGAGUUGCUGUGGUACCAGCCAUUUUGCAGUUCAUUCUAAUGCUGUUACUUCCUGAAUCACCACGCUGGCUUUAUCUGAAGAAUGAGAAAGCUAAAGCUGUUGCUGUGCUUGCAAAAAUCUAUGACUCCGACCGUUUAGAGGAGGAGAUUGAUCAGCUUGCUGCUGCUUCUGAUGAUGAAGUUCAGUCUAAGAAAUCUGUCAGUUACUUUGAUGUUUUCAAAUCCAAGGAAAUGAGACUCGCAUUUUUUGCAGGAGCUGGCCUUCAGGCUUUCCAACAGUUCACUGGGAUUAACACAGUUAUGUACUACAGUCCCACUAUUGUCCAGAUGGCUGGUUUCUCUUCCAACCAACUUGCACUGCUCCUCUCACUCAUUGUCGCAGCAAUGAAUGCUGCUGGGACCAUUGUUGGGAUCUUUCUCAUCGACCGUUGUGGCAGACGCCGUUUGGCUCUCACCAGCUUAUCAGGUGUUAUCAUUUCCCUUCUCAUACUCUCUGGGGCAUUCUUUCUGCAGUCUACCAGAUUCUGUGACGCACACACACUUCAUGGCAACUGUGGAUCUAGCCUCGGAUGGUUUGCGGUUUCAGGCCUGGCUCUGUACAUUGCCUUCUUCUCCCCGGGCAUGGGCCCCGUACCAUGGGCGGUGAACUCAGAGAUCUAUCCAGAAGCCUAUCGCGGCGUGUGCGGGGGCAUGUCGGCCACCGUGAAUUGGGUGUCCAACCUGAUUGUGGCGCAGACAUUCCUCUCAGUCAUCUCUGUUUUGGGAACUUCAGGAACCUUUUUGAUCAUUGCUGGUGUGGCCAUGGUGGCAUUUGUCUUUGUGGUACUCUUUGUGCCGGAGACCAAGGGCCUGACCUUUGAGCAGGUGGAGAAGUUGUGGAGAGAGAAGGCAUGGGGUAGUGAUGGUAGUCAGCAGAGCCUCCUGGCAGCCGAGGCUUGACUUCUACGGCAACAUUUGCUCCUACACACAGCCUUCGCUUUUUAUAAGGCUAGUGUUUUGUGUGCAAGGAGAUGUCAAAUUUAGAGGAUGAAGAGAGCAAACAUCCUCACUCGGAGAGAAACA